UCUCCAGUCAAACGUCGCAUUUUGCCUGACAAGGCUACGGAUUCGUCGUAUAGCAGCUGGAAAACACUGAUACCCUUCCUUGUCGAACCUCAUCUCAAAUAUUCGGCACGAACGCUAGCGACAGCACUGGAGAUCACCCCCAAGGUUAUCUCUGCAUGUGCAACACUUUUGUGCCCUCAAAAGCGAACAUCAAUCGCGUGUUUAUUUUUUGACAGUAGGUUUCUUAUCUAC